GGUAGAGCUCCUUUCUAUUUAUUUGCAUCGUCCCCGGCUUGUUCCAACAUUGCCUAUCUAAGCUUACUUUAGUAACAAUCAGGCGGGGAUUAUAACUUCUCUCUUCUUUCUUUUUUUAAUUUUCUACGACCAUCAUGUCCUCCGCAGCAGCUCGGCAACGUCUCCAGGCCCUCAGCAAGCAGCUGGUCGAGGGUAUUCCCGACGAGGGCAGCUUUGAGGGAAUCCCUAAGAUUCGCCAUGUUGCCUCAGACUCGGCUGGGCCUCGGACAAAGGACAAGGUCGUAAUUGUGACCGGAGCAAACUCACCUAAUGGUAUCGGCCGCGCAAGUGCCCACCAAUUUGCAAACAACGGCGCCAAAGCCGUCUACAUCUGCGAUUAUAAUGACUCUCAUCUCGCCACGCAUAAGCGGGAGAUUGAGUCUCUCUACCCCGGCGUAGAUGUCCAUGUCCGGCAAUUCGAUGCCGGCGAAGAAAAGGCCGUUGUCGCGGUCAUUGAUGAUGCGAUUGCCAAGUAUGGCCGUCUAGAUAUUUUCUUUGCCAAUGCAGGCAUCGUCGGUCAACCCAAGAUCUUUACUGAGAUUGAUGGUGAUGGCUUCAUGAACACAAUGCGGACGAAUGCCCUCGGUGUCUUCCUAGCCGCAAAGCACGCUGCCCCGGCUAUGAAAGUUACUUCCGAGGCCAAGCCAUACCCCAGCGGCUCCAUCAUCUGCACUGCUUCGGUGGCAGGUCUCCGCUCUAACGCGGGUUCAACGGAUUACUCUGCCUCCAAGGCGGCAGUUGUCUCUAUCGCCCAGACAGUCUCUUAUCAGCUGGCCGGCUCGGGUAUCCGCAUCAACGCUAUCUGCCCCGGUCUCAUCGAGACGGGCAUGACGCAGGCGGUCUUUGACCAUGCCCGUAAGCGUGGCACCGAGCGCAAGAUCGGCCAGCUGAACCCGUUGCAGCGCGGGGCCGUUGCUGAUGAGGUUGCCCGCGUGGCAUUGUUCUUGGGUAGUGAUGAGAGCAGCUAUGUCAAUGGUCAGGCGUGGGCUGUUUGCGGUGGUUUAAGUGCUGGCCACCCCGUUGUUCCUGGAAAGCUGGCCUGAUCUUAUCUCAUGAUGAAAAGCCAAGCCUGUCUAUAGUUUCAAAUGGCGAUUUUCGUGUCACCAACAAUUGCCUCGACUGUAAAAAAGCAAGUUCUAGCAAACAUCUUAAAAAUUACGAGUCACGCCAUAGUAGAACAAUUAACAG